GCGACGCCGUAUACGUACCAAACGGCGGUAGACUUGCUUAGCCUGUUGAGCGCUCGCGUGGACGACCUAGGCGCGACCGCCUACAGCAUCCUCUUCCUGCUGCGCCUAGCCUUCGCGCGCCUGCGGUUCAGCGACCUGGGCAGGAGCGUGGGCUCCAGCCUCGGGCGUGACGAACUGCGCGCUGUGCGCUGGCGCUCAAAAGGCAAACGUACGCCGGCGCCUUGGGCAGCGUUGCGGGUGAGUUGUGCCGGCUUCGACGGGGGCGAGCGUUUCCUCAGCCUGGCCAGUGGGAUCAACCCACAGAGCGCAGACGCUCCGAGGGACUGGCUCUGGCUGUCGAUGUCGUUGGUGAGCGGCGCCCUGGAGUGCGCCACGCCAGUGCGCCGCGGUAGCUACGCCAACUGCCUGAUGGCGAUGGCUGUCAUGCACCGCUUGGCAGGGCACGCAGCCCACUACACGCUGCACAACCCGCGGUUCUUCAGAUGCAGCGUAGCAGAACGAGUGCGGAAGAAACUCCGUGACGGCCUUCGCCCAAGCGGCGACUACGAGCUGCCGACGGUACACGAGGCGGCGACGGAGAUGAGGGCGCGAGCGCACGCGGCAUAG